CUCUGCCUUGGUACUCUCUGUGGUUGUGUUUGCCAACAACCAUCAGUGGAGAGUCGAGGGAAGCUGGCAGGAAACUGUGUGGAGGAACAAGUAUGUUCUGUUUGAAUGGACCAAAGAAGGAGAACGAGGCAGCCUGGAUACUGGAAAUGGAAAUUCUCACAGCCUAGACUCCAGUCGAUAUUCCAUAGUAGGAGCAGAUCUCCGUUUCUCAUCGGAUCUGGAGGAAAAGCUAAAGAAACAUAACCUGGACAUAGAUUUACCAACGCUUCUGGUAGCGGAGUGUGUGCUGGUUUACAUGACACCGCAGCAAUCUGCCAAUCUUUUAAAGUGGGCAGCAAGCACUUUUCCAGUGGCGAUGUUUAUAAAUUAUGAGCAGGUGAAUAUGACGGACCGGUUUGGACAGAUCAUGAUUGAGAAUUUGCAGAGACGACAGUGUAACCUGGCUGGAGUGGAAGUCUGCAGAUCCUUAGACUCUCAGAGGGAACGGUUGCUGUUAAGUGGCUGGGAAACUGCACGUGCCAUUGAUAUGAUGAAAGUGUACAGCUUUUUGCCACAGGCUGAUGUCAAAAGAAUAGAAGAACUUGAAUUCCUAGAUGAAAAGGAACUGUUUGAACAACUAAUGCAGCACUACUGCAUCUGCUGGGCUUCAAAGGACGGCAGUAAUCUGGGUCUUGCAAACAUCACAUUCUAAUGUAUUUGCUGGAGGGAAGCCAUGGACCCAGAAGCCACAGCAACUACCUUCUACUUGAGACAAGAUCACAGAAAUGAUGGGAUGUUGCAUGUGCCAACUUCAGUCUGCGCAGCUGUGUAAGCAAUGCCAGUACAGAAGGCGAUGGAUGCUGCUGGUGUCAACUGUCCUGUUGGCUUUUGGUAGUUCUAAUGAAUCUUUUUUGCCCGUUGUGAGCAAUUGUUACAAGGCAAGACUUGCCUCCCAUUC